ACCAUUAUGAAUUGAUACAGCCAUUUCGAUUGUGCUAGACUACACCCCGGACAACAUUAUUGGUUUGAUCAAACUGAGAUCUAUAUCGUUUUAAACGGAAAUAAGGAAGACCGCGUAUUCAUGUCGAAUUCUAACCAUGGCAGACGCAGUGAUUGCCAAGUCCCAGAGUAUGCAGUGUCCUGUAUGUCGUUCUACCUUUACUGAUCCCAGGAUCCUAUCAUGUUCUCACACUUUCUGCAAGACUUGCUUGGAAAACCUCUUGGAGUGCCAUGGUAACUGCCAGAUCCGAUGCCCUGUCUGCAGAGCUGUAACGCAGGCCCCAAACCAAGAUGUCGGCAAACUACAGGUAAAUAUUUCCUUGAAGAGUCUAAUAGAGGACACGAAGGACCAUCCUCAGAUUUGCACUAAUUGUAAAUCCGAUGAGAAACCCCAUGCUGAUGUUUACUGCCAAGACUGUGGCAAGUAUCUCUGCACCUCUUGUCUUCAUACGCACUCUCAAUGGGGAGACUUCAUCGGUCAUGACGUCAUCGCCAUGAGUGAGAUCUCAUCAGGAAAGGUUUCUGUACGUAGAUACCGCAAAUGCAGCAAACACCCGAAGGAAGAUGAUGAGUUCUUCUGUUCCACCUGCAGGAGAUUCACAUGCUACAGGUGUGUUGCUAUUAAACAUAAAGAGGAGGGGCAUCAGGUCAUCGAGGGAGCUGCUUAUGAGGUCAAACACAUGAAGAGCAUCGAAGACCAAAAAUCAAAGGUGGCCAUGAAACGAUCACGCUUUCAGAAGUACAUUGAUUUCAUAGAUGAACAGACGAAAAGCGUUGGCAUUGCUAAGAAACAGCGCACAGGUGCCAUUCACAAAACAUACAUUGAAGCAGUCCAGCAGUUGAAAGCAAAGAGAAAAAGGCUACUUAGAGAAGAUACAGAAAUAACUAAAAGAGUAGAGAAAGAACUGGAAAGCCUGAAGACAUCGGCUCAGAAGAACAUCACUCAGUUGACGACCAUUGCUGACAUGGUAACCAAUAGAACAAAGAUUCCAUUAGAUAUGGACACUCUGGCUGCACACGACACUCUAUGUGAAGAGUUACGAGAGGUCUUUGAUCAAAAGGAUCCUGACUACGAGCAGCCGAGGAAAUCAAGCAAGAAGGGGAAAUGUGUAUUUAAGAGAAACAUUGGAAAGAAUGAGCUAGGCCUUGGUAAGAUUUUUAAUGCAGUUGACACGAACAUCGCUUUUUCUACUGAGGAUAGCAUGAACGCCAUGGUACGUACACCAGACGGUAUGAUGGCAGUAGGAUGUGCUACAGGUGGCCUGAAUAUCUUCUCUGCUGAUGGUAAACUUCAGCAAUCAGUUUUGAAGGAUGUUGGAAUUUUUGGGGUAGGGUUCCUCUCUGAUGGUCGAUGUGUUGUGGUUGAUACUUCACACAAUAUUACACUGUACACACCGCAUUACAAAAGAAUGGAUGCAAAAUUUGGGAUUGAAGUUGAAGAUGAAGAUGAAAGUGAAAAUGAAGAUGAAGAUGAAAGUGAAAAUGAAGAUGAAGUUGAAUGUGAGUGUACAUUAUAUGAUCUCACUGUUGAUGGUGAUGAUCUGAUCUAUGUGUGCCACAGCGAAUUCAAGACGAUCCAGGUAUUUUCAACAGCAGGUGGGCAAGCAGUCAGUGAGAUACCAUGCAACGGGUAUGAACCUUGGCAAAUCACUAGUUACCAUGGUUCUCUGAUCACUACAUCAGUUGAUACUAUCAGAUUGAUAGACAAACAGGGUGCUGUACAACAUGAAUUAAAGAAACCGGGUAGUCACCUUUACGCUGCUGUAUCUCAAUGGGAUACAAUCUUGAUAGCCAAGGUGAAGCUUGGUGAAGGUUUGGUGAGCAUUGACGAGUAUACAUAUGAACUAAGGCGCAUCCGAAACCUUGUUAAUAAUUACAAGAUUGAGAAGCCAAAAAGACGUUGGUACUACCUCCAGCAGUACCGAUCAGGAGAGAUCGCCUUCUGCACCCCGAGUAGUCUCUAUAUAUUGAACUAAAAACCAUGGACUACACCAACUCUGAUGCAAAGUAUGUUUUCACUAUCUCGUAUAAGGGGCCGAUAUAAUAUCACUUAUUUUCCCUUUUGCGUUUUGAGUAUACGUGGUGUACAUUUUAUAUAAAUAUAGUAUAAGAGAUCUCUUUCUGCACACCUGAUAGACUCUAUGUCUUCCACUCAGGGGUGGUUAUACAGGGGUUCACCCCCCCUUAAUUUGUUAGAUACCCAUAGCCCCCCUAACAUUUUUGAACACCUUUUUUCUUUUCUUUUUGCUUGUCACAUUUUCAUUCUGCUCGAAACCCCCACUCCUCCCCCCUUUAAAUAAAUCCUGCGUACGCUACUUUUUCCACCGAAAAUAAUGGAUGACAUCAAUAUUAAUGCAUGUUGAAUGAUAUCACUGUCUUGGUGAACAAUUUAAAUGAUUUUUUUUGUCUACUCGCAUGAAGGAAUUUCAAAGCUUAUUACAAUUUUUUCAUCGUUUUUAAUUGGCAGGAACGUCUUUCGAAAAUGAAACUUUUUUUACAAUGAAAAAAAAAAAAAAACAUGUACUAGUAUGUGACCAUUCUCUUUUUUACCUUGAACAAGCCAUGCAUGGAUAACAAUAUAAUCAUAAAAAAACGUCAUCGCAUUGUGUCUUUCUGUUGCUAUAAACGACACUUUAACAUUUUAAUCUAUAUAAACAAACAUUUGAUAAUUUAGAAGUAUUCAUUUUCAGUUCAAACAAUAGCGUCUCGGAUCGGACGUGAAACUAUUCUCCGAUGAACAGUAUGUCCAUAUGAAGAUUAAUUUUCUCUUGGUAAGAUUGAAAACUCUUAUUCACGUUUCCUUUAAAAUUAUUUUCAAAAAUAAAAAAAAAUCUAAAUCAUUCUAAUCUUUAAGAUUUCUAUCCCAUUUUGAUGGGAUUUCCACCGUUGUACUUGUUUUAUUCACAUGAUUCACUGGCUUCAUUCAAUUCAUUUUGAUAUGUGACAAAAUCAUUCUACCAGUUAUUUAAAAGAGUGUGUUAAUAUCAUAAACAAUUGUUAUUUCAUUUGGUAUUACAGGUACGGAAAUCAUGUAUAUAAGAAGGAAUAUACAUAUAACUCCAUUAGUCAUGUUAGUAACGGAGAAUAAUUUUAUAUUUUAUAUUCUACAUUUUAUAUGUUCUGCCUAUUUUGUGGCUGCUUGUGAUACUUCUAUUUUGAAUAUGAAACACAGCUUAUUUUAUCUUGGAUGAUCAGAUAUCGAAAAUAUAAUUGUGUUUAACGGCUUAUUCCUAUUCUAUUCCAGUAGAUACUUUACGUAAAUUUAAGUUUGAUAUUCACCAUGUUAUUUGUUUUGUCUAUAUUUAUGGCUGCUUGCGAUGUCGUAAUAUGUGAAUAUUAUGAAUAAGAAUCAAAACAUAUUCAUACGGGGUUACAGGUGUGGAAAACAUAAUCUGAUAGAAUGUAAUAUAAUGUGCAUUAUAUACAUGUAUAUUACACCAGUAUAAUCAAUGAGUAUCUUUUAUAGCUGCCUGCGAAAUUCUAACAAUACAAUAUGAAUAUUAUAAGAAUCAAAAUUAUUUCAUUUGGGAGUAUAACGAAAAUGAUGACAUUUUUCAAUACUUUACGUAAUCUUAAAUUUCAUACUCAACCUGUCAUAUCUGUUUUAUGGCUGCUUGCGAUACCGUAAUACGUAAACAUGAUAAAUAACAUUCGAAAUUUAUUUCAUUUGGGAUUGCAGGUGUGGAAAGCAUGUAUUUAUAACGUGGUAUAUCUAUCUAUCAGUAUAUUACUUUAUACAAUUAUCAAUAACUACACUUGUCUUUACUACAGGUUAACCUAAAUUUCAUACUCAUACACGUUAUAUCUGUUUUAAUGUUUUUGUGACUGCGUGUGAUAUCAUGAUAAUGUGAUAUUAUGAAUAAUAAUUGAGUUGGGAUUAUAGAAAAGAAAAUUGUGUAUAACUAGAAAUAUAUAAAGUAACACACAUUAGGGGAAAAAACAUAAAUGUGUGAUGAUU